AUGCCACCGCAGGUGACCGUGAACGGGCAGACGGUGACGUUCCCGCCACGUGACGGCUUCCCCCUGGACAAGGUCUUGUACUUCUCGCUCCACGGGGACUUCUUCACAGGCUCCGUGAACAUCUUCAAGACACAAUGGCCGGAGCACUUGCACGUCACUAUUGGUCACCAGAUCUCCGCGGGCUACCACUUCACUAUCGAAGGCAGCGUGGCACCAGAUGCGGACAAGAUGAUGAUGAACAUCCUUCGGUCGCACGAUGUGCACGACGACGUGCUGCUGGGUAUCGUGGCACAGUUCACAGAUACUAAGCAGCUGGUGCGGCGAACCAAGCAGGAGGGCGUCUGGCUCGAAGACCAGGUGGACCCGGACUUGCCGUUUGAGCCGGGCCAGCCGUUCACCGUCGACAUCGCGGUGGCCGAACAAGACUUCCAGAUGACCGUCAACGGCAAGCUGCUGCCACCAUACAAGCACAAGGUGUUUUACGGCAUCGGACACAACCUGUGUCUCGAGAAGAACGUAAAGUUCAAGAGCUUGCGAGUGUGCUCCAUCAGCCAUCCCAAGCAUUGGGGCAACAAGCCGCCGAACUUUCAGAAGGCUGGACUCCUGUUUUUCAAUGCGAAAUCUCCGGUCAGCUCGCCCAUCCAGCUCGAGCCUGGGAACUGCUUUUACGUGCAAGGAACGCCGCCGCCGCCUUGCACUGAGUUCAAGAUUGCACUGUCGAAGGCCGCCGACGAGACCGCCGAAGCGCUGCUCCUGGUGCACGUCCUGCUUCAGAAGGGCCUGGUGUUCGUCUACGACGGCACCGACGCAAACAAGGGCGCAGGCUACCAGCUGAAGGUCAAGGCCAACCGGCUCUUCUCGUGCAGAGUGGACGCGCUCGCCGACAGCUUCAAGGUCUGGGUGAACACCUUAUCUGCCGACUCGAACGCCGACCCCUUCGAGGUCAAGCACAGGUACCCCCUCAACGAAGCCGGCUUUCUCAACACCUUCGGCCUGAUCAAGAACGUCACGGGUCUGAAGGCGACGGAUGACAUAUUGAGUUGAUUGGCUAGUCUCGCGAUCCAGUCAAUGACAGGCGCCAUAAACCGGCGAUCGCAGUUGUAUCGCCUCCUGGGCCCGUUUUCGGUCACCUGUCAUGAUGGCCUGUCUCCUUUAAUAAGGCUAAUGAUUGGCUCUUUGUCGCCAGCGAUCACCUGCUGCCGGAUCGGAGCAUGCAGCUAAGUGCCGCUUGACGGUGACCGAGGCAGCGAAGACGCUGCGCGAAGAAAAAAAAGCAAUGAAAAUCAAAAAGUGAUUGGCUCUGAUGUCCUUGCGCUGAAAAGGAUUGGAGAAAAAAAAAAGCCUUUCCAUUGGUAGUCGGACUUAUUAGUGAAUAAAAUUUUUUGUCGUUCUGACUGCUCGGAAAUAAGCGAUGGUUGUCUACUCGAAGAACCCAU